AUGGCCAGCCACCUUGUCGGCACGGCUGAUCUCAACCUCAUCGAGGCCCCAGUCACCUGGCAUGCCUAUCUGAUAUGUGGCUUUGCCAGCUUUGGAGGUAUUCUCUAUGGCUAUGACUCUGGCUACAUCUCGGGUGUUCUGGGCAUGCCCUAUGUCAAGAAGCACUUCGGUCAUGCGGUGCCCAAGUCCAAGGAUCCGGACGGCUACAUCAUUUCCACCUCGCGCAAGUCGCUCAUCACCUCCAUCCUCUCUGCUGGUACCUUUAUCGGCGCGUUGAUCGGUGGCGGUGCCGCUGAGCGUCUUGGUCGUCGCCUAACCAUCAUGCUCUCGUGUAUGAUCUUCUCCUUUGGUGUGGCUGUUCAGGUCGGUACUGUCAACAUCGCUGGUCUUGUAGCAGGUCGAUUCGUCGCUGGCUUGGGUGUUGGGGGUGUCUCUGCUACUGUCAUCCUUUAUGUCUCUGAGAUCAGUCCUCGCAAGGUCCGCGGGCUGUUGGUUUCUGUCUACCAAUGGGCGAUCACAAUUGGAUUACUCGUGGCAUCUGGCGUCGAUCAAGGCUGCAAAAACCGCCCUGAUCGGUCCUCAUAUCGUAUUCCCAUUGGAAUGCAGUUCAUGUGGGCCUUCAUUCUCGCCGUUGGACUUUUCUUCCUGCCUGAGUCCCCUCGCUACUACGUCAAAUGUGGUCGGAUGGAGGAUGCCCUCCGUUCCCUGGAGCGAGUUCGUGGUCAGCCCGGAACCAAUCCGGCUAUUCAAGCGGAACUUGCAGAGAUCAAAGCCAACUUCGAGUAUGAAAAGCAAAUUGCGAGCACUUCCUGGGCCGACUGCUUCAAAGGUGGCAUGUCUCGCCGUGGAAAUCUUCACCGAGUCAUCAUGGGAACUUGUUUGCAAAUGUUCCAGCAGUGGACUGGUAUCAACUUCAUCUUCUACUACGGCACCACUUUCUUCCUGCAGGUGGGCAUCAAGAAUCCCUUCUUGAUCUCGACCAUCACGGGCGUUGUCAAUGUUGCGACUACCCCUGCCUCGUUCUACAUGAUGGAAAAGUUUGGUCGCCGUAAGCUCCUCAUUUAUGGUGCCGCUGUCAUGUGUGCCUGUGAGUUUAUCGUCGCCAUCGUUGGCAUUGCCGCCAAGGGACAACACGCUGCAGAGAUCUGUUUGAUCGUCUUCACUUGCUUCUACAUCGCUGCGUUUGCUACCACCUGGGGUCCUGCUGCGUGGGUCUUCAUCGGCGAGAUCUAUCCACUCCCCAUUCGCGCCAAGGGCGUCGCGCUUGCAACAGCCUCAAACUGGCUCUGGAACUGUAUCAUUGCCGUUAUCACCCCAUAUAUCGUGGAUGAGGACAAGGGUAAUCUGGCAGCCAAGGUCUUCUUCGUCUGGGGCAGCGCUCUCGUUUUGUGCUUCAUGUUUGCCUUCUUUGUCGUUCCUGAGACCAAGGGUUUGUCUCUCGAGCAAGUCGACAAGAUGCUUGAGGAGUCUACUCCCAUGACUAGUGCUAACUGGAAGCCUCAUGAUACUUUUGCUCAUGAAAUGGGCAUGGUUGAUAAGCAGGAGCCUACAGUUAGCCACCUCGAGGAACACCCCUCGCCUGCAGAGCGGCUCGGUCGUUACAAUGCGGUUUAG